AUGGCCGCUCCUGCCCCGACGGCGCUGACGCUGUGGGCGACGCGCGCCGCGACGGCCGCUGUGCUGUCCUCGGGCUGCGACGCCAUCGACGCGCUGCUCGACGGCGGCUUCCGCUCCGGUCUGCUGACGGAACUCUGCGGCGCCGCGGCGGCGGGCAAGACGCAACUGUGUCUCCAGUUGUUACUUCAGUGCUGUCUGCCGCGCGCGCUCGGGGGGCUGCAGGGCACUGCGUGUUACAUUGGCACCGAAGGCGCGCUGUCGAUCAAGCGACUGCACGCGCUCGCGCACGUCUAUGCACGACGCUACGACCACACGACUGGACUGGCGGUCGGCGGGAAACGGAAACGCGGUGAAGUAGCGCCAGCGGCCACGGCCAGCGACUUCCUGGACGGCAUUUUCGUCGAGCAACUUCACGCGGUGGACGACCUCUUGCGUCUAGUGCAGACGAGACUGCCCGCGCUGCUCGCGGAACAAAACACCAAACUCGUUGUGCUCGACUCGGUCGCGGCCGUCUUUCGUCUCGAGUCCACGUCGUCUGUCAAGGUACAUGCACCUCAUGGCUACAUGUGUGGGGGUGCGGGGGUGUCUGUCGCGUCCCACGUUGCGGUCGUCGCGCCUAUUGUCUCCUCGGCCCGCAAGGGAUCAGCUGUUUGUCUUUACUUGUACUUGUACUUGUACUUGUACUUGUACUUGCACCUGUACUCGUACUUGUACUUGUACUUGUACUUGUACCUGUUUGACGCCGCCGAGCGCGCCCAGACGAUGUUCCACUUGGCCAACUGCAUGCGCAUUCUCAGCGACCAGUACGGCGUCGUGUUCGUGCUGACCAACCAAGUGACGGGCGACUUUGACGCUGCUCGGUCGACGCCGCGUGGCAACGGUCUGCGUCCAGCGCUGGGGCUCUCGUGGUCGCACUGCAUCAACCAGCGGCUGAUGAUUACGAGGAACACGGACUCGACGGACCGAGAGCUCGAGGUGGUUUUCUCGCCGCACUUAGCAGCAGGUACCUGCGUCUUCCAGGUCACGACUGACGGCGUCCGACCUGUAGACCGAGACUGA